AGAAAACACGGCACACACGGUAUGAUGAAUACUUUUGUCUUCAUCUGAUCAUGACCCUCAGGUUUUUUGAGCAUGCAAUGUCAAGAAUAGAACAACGAAUGAUUCAGGCAUGAUGUUGUGUCAACGCAUCCAAGAAAUUUUCGACUUUGACAUUCAAACUCUCACUCUACAGGCCUUCGAGGCGUUGCACAUCAUGUGAUUUGCUUUCGUUAUUCGGGGGAAUGGAGGAAGGUCAGAAAAAAAAACGUUAUCUCCAUGUACAAUACGGAAAUUAAACAAUUUGAAUCAAUUUGUCGUCGAGUGUCACAUUGGACCUGCAUUGAAUUUCCUGGAGACAGAGCCAGGGUUUGUACAAUCGAUUCUUGAAAAAUGAAAUAUCUGAAGCUUUUGACAGUACCACAGUUGAUGCAAAAAUAGAACAGCUGUAGUUAUCUUCUUCUUCACUAAUGUAAAUGAAUCUUAGAUUUAGCUAGCUACUAUCACCGCUUUAGCUUUUGAUGUAUGCUUUCCAAAAUUAAUGUUCUUGUCCUUUCUCAAUGUACCAAAGAUUCUUUUGUUAUCGUGUGUGACCAGCCAUCAGCUGCACGGACGCAGAAUUUUUGCAACUGAAACCGAAAUUCGUAGAAACGUCACAAGGCGGAAGAUUUGUACAUUGUAGCUCUCAGAGGAGCAAGGAAAAGGCAAGGCUGCUCAUGCAGAUACAGUCACAGAACCGGAAGGGACGCCAAAAAU